AUGUCAGUUACGCUGCAUACUACCCACGGUGACCUCAAAAUCGAAAUCUUCUGCGAAUCCGUGCCCAAGACGGCAGAGAACUUCCUGGCUCUCUGCGCGUCAGGAGCCUACAAUGGCACGCCCUUCCACCGCUUAAUCCCGGAUUUCAUGGUCCAAGGCGGCGACACCUCCCAGUCACCGCGCAAUGCCAGUGCAGAAACCCCCAUCCCAAAAGGCGGCGCAUCGAUAUGGGGCAGCUACUUCGAGGACGAGAUCCGAACACCCGCAUUAAGGCACAACGGUCGCGGAAUGGUAUCCAUGGCAAACAAAGGGCCUGGCACGAACGCCAGUCAAUUCUUCAUUACCUUCAAAGACGCGCCGCACUUGGAUGGCAAGAAUACGGUGUUUGGACGAGUUCUGGAUGGGGCAGAGGAGGGUGGUACGCUUGAGAAGAUGGAGAGUGUUGAAGUGGAUAAGAAAUAUCGACCGAAGGAGGAGAAGAUCGUGUUGCAGAGCGUUGCUAUCCACGCGAAUCCGUUGGCGGAGUGA